ACUAAAGCCGUUUCAACGUCUGGCAACGCUGCACAACGCCAAAACAAAACAAAUCAUUUUUGGUACUUCUUGAAAACACUUGCUCAUUUUGCAAUGUACAACGUGGAAUGCAUUCCUAUUAAGGACAUAAAGCCGGGUCUGAAGAACAUCAAUGUUAUCUUUAUUGUCCUGGAAGUGGGCGUGGCCACCGUUACAAAGGAAAACCGCGAAGUGAGGAACUUCAAGGUGGGCGAUCCUACGGCCUGCAUCAAUGUCUCGAUUUGGGACGAGCCGGGCAAACUGAUAGCACCCGGCGAUAUUGUGAGACUGACAAAGGGCUACGCCUCCAUCUGGAGGCAUUGUCUGACGCUUUAUUCUGGAAAGAACGGCGAGGUGUUCAAGAUCGGCGAGUUCUGCAUGGUCUUCAACGAGAGCGUCAACAUGAGUGAGCCGAAACGGGCGGAGCAGCAGGCAGUGGCAAAUACUGCUGCUACUCCGGCGGGGCUUCCGGCCGGUGGUGGUGCUUCUGGCUUGCCCGCCAAGGGUGGUGCCACGGGCAUUUCUCAGCCAGCGGUGGCUGCUGCACCAGGUGCUCCCGCCACCCAGAGCGCCGUGACCACAGCUCCCGCUGCCGCGCCAGCAAUCGCACCCCAAACGACAACGAAACCUGGCACCCGUGGUGGCCGUGGAGGUGGAGGACGAGGUGGCCUUAAGGGCGAACGGCGAUAAAGGGUCUUAAGGCGUGGCAUAGCACCAGGAACUAAGCGAACAAGAACCAAACCUCUACAAAAAUGCGUAGCUUAAUAAGACAUGUUUACACAUCCCAAAAGAUCGGACUUGGACUUGGUAUGUUAUCUAGACUAUUUGGGAUUAAAAAUUUACGUAAUAGGUCUGCAUUUAUGAGCAUCAGCUAAACAUUCAAUUAAAAAUAUGAAAUCAGAUUA